AUCUGGAAGUUGUCGCCAUCAUAUUUGGCUUACUGCUAAGCUAACCUUAAGUCAGUCAGUCGUGAUUGUCCGAGGAUAUAGAGUUAACGAUAGAUUGAACCUCCCUUUGUUUCCCCUGUCGGGUGUAUGUUAACUGUAGUCAUGUUAUUAAUCAGUGGACGUGUCUAGGUUAGGCGCUGUGGUAAAAUUGUGUAGUUUUAAUGACAUUAGCGGUGGCUAAUUUUGAGAGCGCACAUUAGCCGGAGUCUUGAGGAGCAGUCAAGGGCUGCUAAAGCUAGCUAGCUGGCGACCAAUUGACACAUCGAGAGAUAUUAAUAUAAGUGAAUAAAGCGCCGGCAGUGAACGUUGUUACAUGUUGUCAGUGUACAGUUAGUUAAACAAGGAGCUAGCAUCAUCGCAAAGCUAGCUCUGCUAACAAAGCUAACAAAACAACAAGCUGGGAUUGGUCUGCGCCGGAGGAAGUCUGCUAAACUGGAGCUGGCAUCGGUAUAUUUCCCGUCUUUAAAACCUGGCUGUUGGGCCUGACAACAACCAAGAAGAUGUCAGAGGGAGAUAACAAGCAGGCCUCCGACUCUGCAGCCCAGGAAGUGAAGACCGAGUCAGCUGCUCCCGCAGGUCAGACCGUGUCUCCCCCGGUGUCCAUGGUCUCCCAUCCUCCAGCCACUGCUGCCACCGAGGAUGAGGAAGAGGAGAGUGAGGAUGAGUCGGAGAUUUUAGAGGAAAGCCCCUGUGGACGCUGGCAGAAACGCAGAGAAGAGGUGAAUCAGCGUAACGUCCCUGGGAUCGACAAUGCUUACUUGGCCAUGGACACUGAGGAAGGAGUGGAGGUGGUGUGGAAUGAGGUCAUGUUCUCAGAAAGGAAGAUUUUCAAGCUACAGGAGGAAAAAGUCAAAGCAGUUUUUGACAAUUUGAUCCAGCUGGAGCAUCUGAACAUUGUGAAGUUUCACAAGUACUGGGCGGACGUCAAAGAGAACAGAGCGAGGGUCAUUUUCAUCACUGAGUACAUGUCCUCUGGAAGUCUCAAGCAGUUUUUGAAAAAGACGAAGAAAAACCACAAGACCAUGAAUGAAAAGGCCUGGAAGCGCUGGUGCACACAGAUACUGUCUGCCCUUAGCUACCUGCACUCCUGUGAACCUCCCAUCAUCCACGGCAACCUGACCUGUGACACCAUCUUCAUCCAGCACAACGGCCUCAUCAAGAUCGGCUCAGUUGCUCCAGACACCAUCAACAACCACGUGAAAACGUGUCGGGAAGAGCAGAAGAGCCUCCACUUCUUUGCUCCGGAGUAUGGAGCUGUUGCCAAUGUCACCACAGCCGUGGAUAUCUAUUCCUUUGGGAUGUGCGCCUUAGAGAUGGCUGUGUUGGAAAUCCAGAGUAACGGAGAUUCGUCUUAUGUGUCCCAAGAAGCCAUAAACAAUGCCAUUCAGAUGCUAGAGGACCCUUUGCAGCGGGAAUUUAUCCAGAAGUGUCUGGAGGUGGACCCCAGCAAGCGGCCCACCGCUAAGGAGCUGCUGUUUCACCAGGCCCUGUUCGAGGUGCCAUUACUGAAGCUGCUGGCUGCUCACUGCAUCGUCAGCCACCAACAUAUGAUUCCAGAAAAUGCUUUAGAAGAGAUGACAAAGAACAUGGACCCCAACCUGGUGAUUGUUGAAGUCAAAGAUGGAGUUCAGAUGAAGCUCUCUCAGUUCCCCGCUCUUGAGCUGGACAAGUUCCUGGAGGAUGUGAGGAAUGGGAUCUAUCCUCUGACGGCGUUUGGGGUACCGAGUCCUCAUCAGCCUCAGCAGGAGACGGUGAAGUCACCCAUCGUUCCCCCCUCUGUGAAAACCCCGACCCCUGAACCCGCUGAGCUGGAGACCAGGAAGGUCCUCCAGAUGCAGUGCAAUAUUGAGCCUGUUGACGAGGGCAACAAGCACCAUCUGACCUUGCUGUUGAAACUGGAGGAUAAACUGAACAGGCACCUGAGCUGUGAUUUGUUACCAAAUGAGAACGUGAACGACCUGUCGGGGGAGCUGGUUCAGCUCGGAUUCAUCAGCGAGGUGAGAGGUCUCCAUGACGACCCUCAGACUGAACACUUCUGCUAUAAUAACCCCAGCAGCCUCUGA